CGAGAGCAAGACGAGCUACAAAGAGCACCUGGUGUGGAGAUGGAGAAAAUGUUCUUUUCAAAUGUGUCAAAAGUCGUUAACAGAACAUUUGUGGUUUUGAAACUUUAUACUUGGGUAUAACUUUAUACUUUAUAACAGGAAACUUUAUACUUGACAGAAAUAUUGUUUUAUUUAAAUGGAGGUUUUCCCACAUCGCCCUGUUAGAAGACAGCAUUUAAUUUGGGUAUAUUUCAACACGAAAUGAAAGUUUUUACUGUCAAUACUGCCUGUGGCCUCUGAUUUCUUGUUUUAGAGGAGAGCUUCAAUUUUGUGAUGGUGGACGAGGUGGGAGAGACUGUGGAGAAGGAGGCGGUAAUUACCAGGACAAGAGGUCGACCCAGGAAGAGAACCAGGCAGACCCCGGUGAGAAAAUCUGCUAGAGGGAAACCACAGAGCACAAAAGAUGAGACGGAAGAGGAGGAAACAACAGAACCACUGCCUCCAGCUUCUGUUAAUAACACUUUAUCACAGGACCGAGACUCAUCUGCGCCGCCAGGUGACGACCAGGCAGAGAGCCAGAGGACCGAAGAGGAACCAGAGACCCAGCCUAAUGCUGCACCUGCUGGACAGCAGCCAGAGUCUAAGUGUCCUGAUAAGGAGACAGAGGAGGGAGAGGAGAAGGAUGGAUGGAGCACGGUUGGCAUUAAAGUUGUGGGUAAACGCAGGAGGGAGCUUGUCGGACCUGAGGCAAAGCGAUCUCGCUCUCAGUCUCCGUGUGUUGUAGCAGACUUCAGACUGCCUCAAUUCAACCCCAAUAGCCCCCUCGGUCAGGAGUUUGUGAUCCCAAAAUCAGGAUUUUUCUGUAACAUCUGCUCUGUUUUCUACCUGAAUGAGAAGACCGCCAAGGAACUCCACUGCUGCAGCCAGAAACAUUACAACAACCUGCAGAAAUAUUAUGAGAAACGUCGACAAAGAGCUUCAAAAACGUCAUCUCAGAUGUCUCAAGGCUCCGUUUCUGACUGAUGGACCUGAUCUACUGAUUAUUUUAACACAUCACUGUGGAGAACAAGCCAAUGUUUUUGAUCCUACUAGUUCAGAAACUAAACUAAUCGCCAUGUGACACAUUCUGUUGUAAAUGAUAUGUCUUCAUUCAUGAAUUGUCUCGCAGCCUUUCA